AUGGGAGGUGGAAAUUACAAUGAUGAUGGAUCUAGUGACAGAGGACUUUUCUCUUGUUUUGCUGGCUAUGCUCUUGGACAAUGCCUUCCGUCUUUUGGGGCAUAUCCUCCUCAAGGAUAUCCGCCUCAGGUCUACUCGCCAACUGAAUAUCCUCCUACUGGUGGAUACCCACCAGCUGGAUAUCCUUUCCAAGGUGGGUACCCACCGGCAGGUUAUCCUGGUCCGUCAGCAUAUCCUCCCCCACAUGGAUAUCCACCAGCAAAUUAUCUUGGUCCAUCAGCUCCGCCUUAUCCAGGUUAUGGGCCUAGUUUGGGACCAUUGAUAGCUGGUGGUGCUGCUGCUGUGGCUACAGCUUAUGCGGCCCACCAGCUAUCACACGGAGCCCAUAAUCUUACCCAUGGAGGUUACUAUGGUCGUCAAGGAAAGUUUGGGAAGCAUGGAAGCCGUCAAGGAAAGUUUAAGCGUGGGAAUCCUGUAAGGUCCAAAAAGCGUGGGGGAAAGUUCAAAAAAUGGAAGUGA